CUGUAGGAGAAUUGCACCUCCUCCUUAAAUUGCUGUACCUUCUCCAGAUCUAACAAGACCAAAUACGCAAACACAGCGUUAGUUCAAGAGUUUCGCUCCUUCAACAAAAACAUAAGAGCAGAGCCCCACAGUUCAAGAGUUUCGCUCCUUCAAUGCAAUAACUUUCUGCUAAUUCUGAAAGAUAUUUACCACAUUUUGUCUCUCAGAUCAAAUGGCUGUUCCGAUUGAAGAAGCUAUAGCUGCACUAUCCACAUUUUCUUUAGAGGAUGAUCAAGCAGAGGUACAAGGUCCAGGGUUUUGGGUUUCAGCUGAAGGAGGUGCAACUAUUAGUCCAAUUGAGUACAGUGAUGUGGCUGCAUAUAGGCUGUCAUUAUCGGAAGACACUAAAGCUAUUAACCAGCUGAACACACUUAUACAAGAGGGGAAGGAAAUGGGUUCCGUGCUCUACACAUAUAGAAGUUGCGUUAAAGCGCUUCCUCAGCUUCCAGAUUCUAUGAAGCAAAGCCAGGCUGACCUGUAUCUCGAAACUUAUCAAGUUUUGGAUUUGGAAAUGAGCCGUCUGCGUGAAAUCCAGAGAUGGCAAGCAUCAGCUGCAUCUAAGCUGGCAGCUGACAUGCAACGUUUUUCCAGACCGGAGCGUCGCAUUAAUGGUCCCACAGUAACUCAUCUAUGGUCCAUGCUGAAGUUACUUGAUGUUCUGAUCCAGCUUGAUCAUCUUAAAAAUGCAAAAGCUAGUAUACCUAAUGACUUUUCUUGGUACAAAAGAACAUUCACACAAGUCAGUGUACAGUGGCAAGAUACAGAUUCAAUGAGGGAGGAGUUGGAUGAUUUGCAGAUCUUCUUGAGCACGAGGUGGGCUAUUUUGUUAAACUUGCAUGUUGAGAUGUUCCGGGUGAACAAUGUUGAAGACAUUCUUCAAAUUCUCAUUGUCUUCAUAGUCGAGUCGUUGGAGUUGAAUUUUGCACUUCUGUUUCCGGAGAGGCACACACUUCUUCGUGUUUUGCCUGUCCUUGUUGUCUUAGCAUCAUCAUCAGAGAAAGAUAGCGAAUCAUUGUACAAAAGGGUGAAAAUCAACAGACUUAUUAACAUAUUUAAGAAUGAUCCUGUGAUACCUGCUUUCCCAGAUCUUCACCUGUCUCCUGCUGCAAUUUUAAAAGAGUUAUCAACAUACUUCCCUAAAUUUUCUGCACAAACUCGGGCUCUCACUCUUCCAGCACCUCAUGAGCUGCAACCGCGUGAGGCACAAGAAUAUCAGCGGCAAUAUCUGAUUGUCAACCAUAUUGGGGCGAUCCGUGCUGAGCAUGAUGACUUCACUGUUCGUUUUGCUUCAGCCAUGAGUCAGCUUGUCUUGCUAAAGUCAAUAGAUGGUGUGGAUGUUGAGUGGGUUAAGGAAGUCAAAGGAAAUAUUUAUGACAUGGUUGUUGAAGGUUUUCAACUUUUAAGCAGAUGGACUGCACGAGUUUGGGAGCAAUGUGCUUGGAAAUUUUCUCGCCCAUGCAAGGAUCCCGUUCCAAUAGAGUCACAAGAGAUGCCUGCAUCUUUUUCUGACUAUGAAAAGGUAGUACGGUACAAUUAUAGUGCUGAAGAAAGGAAGGCUCUGGUUGAACUUGUGAGCUACAUCAAGAGUAUUGGAUCGAUGAUGCAGAAGGUUGACACCUCAGUGACCGACGCCUUGUGGGAGACAAUCCAUGCAGAGGUGCAAGAUUUUGUUCAAAAUACAGUGGCGACAAUGUUGCGGACAACAUUUCGAAAGAAGAAAGACCUUUCUAGAAUUCUUUCUGAUAUGAGGACACUUUCAGCAGAUUGGAUGGCAAAUACUAGUAAGCCAGAGACUGAAAUGCAGUCAUAUCAGCAUAGUGGUGAAGAAAGCAGAGGGACCUUCUUUUUUCCAAGGCCAGUGGCACCAACAUCUGCUCAGGUCCAUUGCUUGCAGUUCCUCAUAUAUGAGGUGGUUUCUGGUGGCAACAUGCGGAAGCCUGGUGGCAUUUUUGGAAAUAGUGGUUCUGAAAUACCUAUCAAUGACUUGAAACAACUGGAGACAUUCUUCUACAAGCUUGGCUUUUUCUUGCAUGUAUUAGACUACACAGCUACUCUAGGAACUUUGACAGAUCUUGGUUUCUUAUGGUUUAGAGAAUUCUAUUUGGAGUCUUCUCGUGUUAUACAGUUCCCCAUUGAAUGCUCCCUUCCAUGGAUGUUGGUGGAUCAUGUGAUCGAAUCUCCAAUCAUUGGCCUUCUGGAGAGUGCCUUGAUGCCAUUUGACAUCUAUAAUGAUGCUGCUCAGCAAGCAUUAGUGAUCCUCAAGCAACGCUUUCUAUAUGAUGAAAUCGAAGCUGAGGUGGACAAUUGUUUUGAUAUAUUUGUCUUGAAGUUGUGUGAGACUAUUUUUACAUACUACAAAAGUUGGGCAGCCAGGGAGCUACUUGAUCCAUCAUUCCUCUUUGCCAUAGAUAUUGGCGAAAAGUUUGCGGUCCAGCCAAUGAGAUUCAUAGCACUUUUAAAGACGACUAGAGUGAAGCUUCUAGGAAGGACCAUCAACUUGAGAAGUUUGAUUGCUGAUAGGAUGAACAAAAUGUUCAGAGAUAAUCUUGAAUUCCUGUUUGAUCGCUUUGAAUCACAGGAUUUAUGUGCCAUUGUGGAACUGGAAAUGUUGCUGGACAUUUUGCAACUUACUCAUGAAUUGCUCUCAAAAGACCUUAUAAUAGAUUCUUUCAAUCUUAUGUUGAACGAGAUGCAGGAGAAUGUAUCCCUUGUUUCUUAUUCUAGUCGACUUGCUUCUCAGAUUUGGACAGAAAUGCAAAAUGACUUCUUGCCAAAUUUCAUCCUUUGCAAUACAACUCAGCGCUUUGUCCGAUCAUCACGAGUACCCCCUGUUCCUGUCCAAAAGCCUUCGGUUCCUUAUGCAAAGCCAAACUUCUAUUGUGGUACUCCUGAUUUGAAUUCUGCUUACCAGAGCUUUGCUCGAUUGUACUGUGGUUUUUUUGGCGUUCCUCACAUGUUUUCUCUAGUCAAGCUCGUGGGAUCUAGGUCACUGCCUUGGCUUAUGCGAGCCCUUUUGGAUCAUAUAUCGAACAAGAUAACUACUGUUGAACCAAUGAUUACUGGAUUGCAACAAGCUUUGCCAAAAUCUAUAGGGUUGCUUCCAUUUGAUGGUGGUAUAUCAGGCUGUAUGAGGCUUGUCAAGGAGCAUCUUAGCUGCUGGCAUUCAAAAUCUGAACUCAAAGCUGAAGUCCUUUGUGGAAUCAAGGAGAUUGGUAGCAUAUUGUACUGGAUGGGACUUCUUGAUAUUGUAUUGAGAGAAGUGGAUACCCGCCAUUUUAUGCAAACUGCCCCUUGGUUGGGCUUGAUUCCUGGUGCUGACGGGCAAAUAUUGCACUCUCAAGAUGGGGGAGAUAGCCCUAUGGUCACUCUGUUUAAAUCAGCAACUACUGCCACCGUGUCCAACCAUAACUGUACAAAUCCAACAUCAUUUCAUACUAUAUCAAGACAAGCAGAAGCUGCUGAUUUGUUGUAUAAGGCCAAUAUUAACACUGGAAGUGUGCUGGAAUAUGCCUUUGCUUUUACAAGUGCCGCAUUAGAUAAAUACUGCAGUAAAUGGAGUGCAGCCCCAAAGACGGGAUUUAUUGAUAUUACCACUUCCAAGGACUUCUACCGGAUUUUCAGUGGACUCCAAAUUGAAUACUUGGAGGAAUCUGUUCAGCUACAAUCCAACACUUACGAAAUGUUGGGCGACUCAGUUGCUUGGGGUGGAUGUACAAUAAUCUACCUGCUUGGCCAACAAUUGCAUUUUGAACUGUUUGAUUUUUCCCAUCAAGUCCUCAAUGUUGCCGAGGUGGAGUCUGUAGCAAUAUCGCCAACCCAGAAGAAUCCUAAUUUCCUCCAGGUAUGAUUUGCGAAUUAACCAA